AUGUUGACGGCAAGAAAGGUGUUAAGGGCAGAUCGAGUUGCUCUGAACUUGAGAAGUUUAGCUACUUUAACGAAACCAAAAUUUGAUUUUGAGGUGCCUAGUGAAUAUGAAAGUAGAACUCCACCCUAUGGGAAGUUGAUUGAGAAGUUAUCUUUAGUAAAGAAGAUCUUUGGCGGUAAGCCUUUGACUUUGGCGGAGAAAAUUUUAUAUUCUCAUUUGGUAGACCCAGAAGACAGCUUGGGCUCGAGUUUAGGUCAACUUUCGAAUGUUAGAGGGACUGAAUACUUAAAGCUCAACCCAGACAGAGUCGCAAUGCAAGACGCAUCAGCACAGAUGGCUUUGUUACAAUUUAUGACCUGUGGAAUGGCAUCUACAGUAGUACCAGGAUCUAUUCAUUGUGACCACUUAAUCGUGGGGAAAGAUGGAGCAGAAGAAGAUUUGACAAAAUCUAUUGCUACGAACAAGGAGGUUUUUGAUUUCUUGCAGAGCUGUGGUGAGAGAUAUGGCAUUCAAUUCUGGGGACCAGGUUCUGGUAUUAUUCAUCAGAUUGUCCUUGAAAAUUUCUCUGUUCCUGGUUUAAUGAUGUUGGGAACGGAUUCGCACACUCCUAAUGCUGGUGGCCUUGGUGCUAUUGCCAUCGGUGUUGGUGGUGCUGAUGCUGUGGAUGCAUUAACGGGAACACCUUGGGAGUUGAAAGCUCCUAAGAUUUUAGGUGUACAUUUAACGGGUCAAUUGAGUGGCUGGUCUUCGCCAAAGGAUGUCAUUACAUAUUUGGCAGGUGUAUUAACCGUAAGAGGUGGAACUGGCUAUAUCGUUGAAUAUUUCGGUGAGGGUGUAAAAACUUUAAGUUGUACAGGGAUGGCCACUAUUUGCAAUAUGGGAGCAGAGAUCGGUGCUACGACUUCUACUUUCCCUUAUCAAGAAGCUCAUAAAAGAUAUUUGGUCGAGACAAACAGAGGACCAAUUUCAGAGGCAGCUGAUAUAGCGAACAAUGAAUUCAAUUACUUGAGAGCAGAUGAAGGUGCGGAAUAUGACCAGGUAAUCGAGAUUAACUUGAGUAAUUUAGAACCUCAUGUCAAUGGUCCUUUUACUCCUGACUUAUCGACACCGAUUUCGAAAUUCGGUGAGACAGCAAACUCGAAUGGAUGGCCCUCGAAUGUGUCUGCUGGUUUAAUAGGUUCGUGUACCAAUUCUUCUUAUCAAGAUAUGUCCCGUGCUGUCUCAAUCAUCAAGCAGGCCGAAGCUGUUGGAUUGAAGCCAAAGAUUCCCUUUUUUGUAACCCCUGGGUCAGAACAAAUUAGAGCUACGAUAGAGAGAGAUGGUUUAAUCGAUACUUUUGAAAAGAAUGGCGCUGUUGUAUUGGCAAAUGCUUGUGGUCCCUGUAUUGGUCAAUGGGAUAGAGAGGACGUUUCCAAAACCUCUUCUGAAACUAAUGCGAUUUUUACUUCCUUCAAUAGAAACUUCAGAGCAAGAAAUGAUGGAAACAGAAAUACAAUGAACUUCUUGACCUCUCCUGAUAUGGUUACUGCUAUGAUCUACUCUGGCAAAAUGAACUACAACCCAAUUACUGACAGUAUAGAAUUAGAUAAUGGUGAAAAAUUUAGAUUUGAUCCUCCCCAAGGUGAUGAAUUACCUGAACAUGGUUUCAUCAAGGGCCGAGAACAAUUUUAUCCUGAUCCUAAUCCACAGCCAAAAGCUGAUGUUAAUGUUAAUGUUUCUCCAGAAUCUGAUAGGUUACAAUUGUUGGAUCCAUUUAAGGCCUGGUCAGGAGAGGAGUUAUCAACAACUGUUUUACUCAAGGUAGAAGGAAAGUGCACAACCGAUCAUAUUUCUGCUGCCGGAGCUUGGUUGAAAUACAAAGGACAUUUGGAAAAUAUAUCUUAUAAUACAUUGAUUGGUGCUGUUAAUAAAGAAACUGGCGAGGUUAACAAAGCUUACGAUUUAGAUGGAACAGCUUAUGGCAUCCCAGAAUUGAUGAUGAAGUGGAAGGAAGAAAAGAGGCCCUGGGUGGUAGUUGCUGAGCACAACUAUGGAGAAGGUUCUGCCAGAGAACAUGCGGCUUUGUCUCCUAGGUUCUUGGGUGGAUCAAUAAUCUUAGUUAAAUCGUUCGCAAGAAUUCACGAAACUAACUUGAAAAAACAAGGAAUGUUACCUUUGACGUUUGCUAAUGAAAAUGAUUAUGAUCGCAUAUCUUCGGGAGACGUCUUAACUACAAAAAACUUGAAGGAGUUAGUAGAUAAAGAUGGCGAGAAUGGGGGAACCUUGACAGUGGAAGUGAAGAAAAGAGAUGGAACUACCUUUGAUAUUAUUUGUAAGCACACUAUGUCUAAGGACCAAAUUGCGUUUUUUAAAGACGGCUCUGCAAUCAACCACAUUGGCAAUUUAAGAAGAAAGGAAGAGAAUCUCUCUUGA